AUGUCCGCCUCUGAGCAGCCCGAGGUGCCUCACAAGGCUUAUGACGUCUACAGUGAGAUGCUCCCGUGCACCACCAAGCUCUCUGAGCUGCCCUUUAAGCCCAAGGGUAUCAUCCUGUCUGGUGGCCCUUCGUCCGUCUACGACAAGGACGCUCCCCACGCCGACCCGGCCUUCUUUGAGCUCGGUGUCCCCAUCCUCGGUAUCUGCUACGGUCUUCAGGAGAUUGCCUGGACUCUGUCCAAGGACAAUGUCGUUGCCGGCACCGAGCGCGAGUAUGGUCACGCCGCCAUCUCGGCUCAACGCCACGGUGAUCACACCGACCGUCUGUUCAAGGGCCUUGACGAUGGUAUGCAGGUCUGGAUGAGCCACGGUGACAAGCUCAGCCAGCUCCCCGAGGGUUUCCGCACCGUCGCCACUACCCAGAACUCGCCCUACGCCGGUAUCGCCCACGAGAGCAAGCCUAUCUUUGGCAUCCAGUUCCACCCCGAGGUUACUCACACCCCCCGUGGAGGAGAACUUCUCAAGAACUUUGCCAUCGAAAUUUGCGGCGCCAAGAACAACUGGACCAUGUCCAAGUUUGUCGACCAGGAGAUUGUCCGCAUCAGGAACCUCGUCGGCCCCACCGCCCAGGUUCUCGGUGCUGUCAGCGGCGGUGUUGACAGCACUGUCGCCGCCAAACUCAUGAAGGAGGCCAUUGGCGACCGUUUCCACGCCGUCCUCGUCGACUCGGGCUUCAUGCGCCUCAACGAGUGCGAAGAGGUCAAGGAGACCCUGGCCGAGCACCUCGGCAUCAACCUCACCGUCGUCGAUGCGGCCAAGAGGUUUCAGGAUGGUCUGGAUGGCGUUGAGGAGCCCGAGAAGAAGCGCAAGAUCAUCGGCGCCGCCUUCAUUGACGCCUUCAUCGUCGAAGCCGGCCGCAUUGAGAAGGAGGCCGAGAACACCCCCAACGCCGGCAAGGUUGCGUGGUUCCUCCAGGGAACUCUCUACCCCGACGUCAUCGAAUCUAUCUCAUUCAAGGGCCCCUCGGCUACUAUAAAGACCCACCACAACGUCGGUGGUCUUCCCAAGCGCCUGAUGGACGAGCAAGGUCUCAAGCUUAUUGAACCUCUUCGUGAGCUCUUCAAGGACGAAGUCCGCGCCUUGGGCCGUGAGCUCGGCAUCGACGAGAAGCUUGUUAUGCGCCACCCCUUCCCCGGCCCUGGUAUCGCCAUCCGUAUUCUCGGUGACAUCACCCCCGAGCGUGUCCAGAUUGCCCGCAAGGCCGACCACAUUUUCAUCAGCAUGAUCCGUGAAGCCGGUCUGUAUGACGACAUCAGUCAGGCCUACGCCGCCCUCGACACGAACAAGGUUGUCGGAGUCAUGGGUGAUAAGCGCGAGGUCGGUUACAUCAUCAUCCUCCGUGCCGUCAAGACCACCGACUUCAUGACGGCUGAGGCUUACAAGUUCGACAUGGACCUCCUCAUGCGCAUCUCGACCCGUAUUGUCAACGAGGUCGACGGUGUCAGCUGCGUCGUUUACAAUACCACCUCCAAGCCCCCCGCAACCAUUGAGCUCCAGUGA